AUGAUGGCGACUUCAGGCCCCAACCCACCCCGUCAGCCGUUCCGGGUCCUGGUCUUCAGCAAAACGACCGGAUACCGCCACGACUGCAUCCCGGCAGCCGUCUCCGCCGUGCGCGCUCUCGGCACUCGCACCGGACUGUUCGAGACAGAAGCCACGGAGGAUGCCGAGGCGGCCAUCACCCCGGCCUCACUCGCCGGCUACAAGACCAUCGUAUUUCUCCACAACACCGGAACCGACGUCCUCAACGAAGACCAGAUCGCGGCUUUGAAGGGGUACGUCAGGGCCGGCGGCGGCUUCGUCGGCGUGCACGCCGCCGCAGCGGGUAUGAAAGAUGACGAAUGGUACGGCAAGCUCAUUGGCGCCCAUUUCGAUUUUCACCCGCCGCCCGAGGAGGGGACGGUCGUUGUUGAAGACUCGGAGCAUUUCAUCAUGUCCGCGGGGGAAUGCUGUAGCGAGAGGAAGUGCGUGGACGAGUGGUACAACUUCACGUCGCACCCCCGGCGCAACGAGAACCUCCACAUCCUGGCCCGGGGCGACCCGACGAGCUUUGCGGGGAGCACCAUGGGUGGAGAUCACCCGCUUGUUUGGUGUCAGGAAUUCGACGGCGGGCGGUCGUUUUACACUGCCCUCGGGCACUCCGAUGAGGCAUACGAAAACGAGUGGUAUAUGGGCCAGAUUCUCAGAGCGAUUUUAUGGACGGCGCACGUUGACGAGGGCACAUUGUAUGGCCACUGA